CGCGUUUAGCGACGUUACGAUCGAAGUUAGCCAUACUUUCGUGGCAAAAGCUAUGACAGAUUGCUAGAAGCAACGAGUCGUCCCAAAAGGAUUUGUAAAUCAUUUUUAAAUGCAUCUUUGCUGUUACAAUGUCCCAGUAACAGUCGGUUAUUAUCGAAUUUGAGAUAUUCAUAGCAGUUGAUCCCGUAGUCGAGUGCAAUUACAGUCAGUUGUGGUAGGUUCGGCCGCGCUUCUCAAACCGUUUCGUGUCCUCUUCGAUUGAUUGUCUGACUGCCCGGUUUGAAACCAUGGAGGAGCGGAUUGGGUCGUUGGAGCGGGAGGUUAAACUAAGUAACCUUAAGCUAUCCCGAAUAGAAGAAAAAUUGGACGAGCUAUUGUCGAUGUUGAUCGAAUGCCGUUCCGCAUCGGGUUGUCGAGCAGCACCCGAUGCGGAACGGCAUUCGGCAAAUGAAGAUGAGGUACAGGAGCAGGUGCCGCAGCCGAGCAGCAAAGAGACCAAUGCGAUAGAGGAAACGGAAAAGGAUAAGGAUGACGAGCAGGAACGUCAUGAGGAGCAUGAGGCAGUGCCAGAAAUCCCGGUUCUGCCAGUAAGAACCGUGACUGCAUUUUUAACAUUGGACCAUAGCUGUGCCAGAAAGGAAGCGUUUGUACAGCAAAUGGCGGAAAAAUUACAACAGAAUGUGGUCGCAUCGCAAAAGAGAGACCGGAACGUCAGACGAGUAAUGGAGGCGCUCGUCACGUACAACGUUCUAUGCCAAUUUAGUUGGUCUGGAAGAGAUGCCAUCACUGACUCCUCUUCCUCAAGUACAGGUUUGCAGACCUGUCUGGCAUUAUCGCUCUGCUAGUCAAAGCCCUCAGUUUUGGGCUUAAUGCAGAGCAGACGGAGCAGGAGCGAUCAUCCAUUGUCAACAGUGUUCGCAAUGCCGUGAAACAUUCAUCGCAAAACAAGAAGCGAUUAUGCCAGACACGAAAUGAAUGAAAGCUCCUGUAGGGGGGUGGACGUCGUACGUGACGAGCGUCUCCAUCACUCGGCUCACGUUCCGGGCUCUCGUUUGCGAUGCGACCACCUCCUGUUGUAAUUCUUGACGCUGCCUCAUGCUCAUGAUGUUCCUGCUCGUCAUCCUGAUCCUCUUCCGUUUCCUCUAUCGCGUUGUGCUCUUCGCUGCUCAGCUGCGGCACAUGCUCCUGAACCUCAUCUUCAUUCGCCGAAUGCCGUUCCGCAUCGGGUUGUCGAGCAGCUACUGUUUGUUCGAUUAACAUCGACAAUAGCCGUGUCUGCUCGUCCUAUGUUUGCUCCAUUCUGGAUAGCCGCGGGUGAGACAAUCUGCUCGCCCGAUAGCCCUAUUGCAACCUUGCACCUCGGUACACACUUAGCACCGUAUACCAGCAUACGCGCACCGUAAUAAACAAAUCCAGAAUCCUCUUUUGUAUGCAUUCAAUUC